GGAACCGAAACUUCUGCUUCCUACUGGUAAACGGUCCUGGUCCAGGAUCUGGUUCUGGUUCUGGUUCUGGACCUAGUCCUGGUCCCUGGUCCCGGUCCUGGUCCCGGAUCUCUCUCUGCGGGUCCAGCUCUGCUCCAGGUCCCGGUCCGGUUCCAAACAGCUGUGCAGAUCCAAGCUCCGGACCGGGUUCUGGUCGCCGCCGGACGGAACAUCUGGAGCGGACCCGAACCUCCUGGCGGACCCGGACCUCCUGGCGGCCCCGGACCUCCUGCAGCAUGACGCCCUUCGUCACCCUCCUCUUCCUCCUCUCUGCGAUGGGCGGGGCCUGGCCAGCUGUCAGUCAAACCAGCGACCCGACAGAGCUCGGCUGCUACGACUGGGGCGGGUCCAGCAGGGACCGGGUCCUGGACCGGGUCCCGGUCCCGGUCCUGGUCCUGGAGGGCGAGGCCGGCUGGCUGUCCUGCCCCCCCAACGUCUACAACCACAGCUCCGCCCAGAACCUGCUCUGGUACCGGGUCCCGGAGGGCCAGGACCAGCCGGAGGGCCAGGACCUGGAGCAGCCGGUCCCGUACAGCUCCAGGAUCAGCAGGGACGGAGAGAGACUGGUUCUGUCCCCGGCCCUCCCCGAGGACAGCGGACUGUACAUCUGCACGCUGCGCAACCAGUCGUCCUCCAGCAAGAUGUCCAUGCGUCUGAAGGUGCGGCGCCGGGACCAGGUGUCCCCCCUGGCCGACUGCGUCCCCCCGGUCGCCGCGGCGCCGGUCCAGGUCACCGUCCCGUUUCAGCAGGGACAGACGCUGGAGUGUCCAGACCUGCAGGACGCCGCCAGGAUGGGGGACGUCCCGCCCAGAGUGUCCUGGUACCACACCAGACCGGAGCUGUCGAUAUGCAAGGGGGAGUUCCUGAGCCACGACGUGGAGCAGCAGGGCCCCCACCUGCGGAUCUGGGUGAUGCUGGUCCCGUACCAGGGGUUCUACGUCUGCACGGUCCAGUUCCAGCGCAGGAACCGGGCCCUCAACUUCACCCGCAGCAUCAACGUCACCGCCAUCCAGAACCAGUACCACAACCUGUCCAAGGACCCCGUGAUCCUCCGUCCCCACGGAGACCAGGUCUUCAGCGUCAGACGAGACGGGGACGCCCAGCUGGUCUGCCAGGCCCUGUUCCCGGUGAUCCAGAGCGACUCGUCGUGGGACAUGUGGUGGACGGUGGACGGGAAGCGUCCCGGGGACCGGUUCGUCCAGAAGAACUGCACCGUGGUGUCCUACGACUACGGGGACGUGGAACGAGAGAGCGUCCUGCUGAUCCGGGACGUCCAGCCCGAGGACCUGAGGAGGGAGAUCAACUGCUCUGUGAGGAACGGAAGAGGCUUCCAGAGCCGCCGGCUCCAGCUGCAGGAGGAGGUGUCGCUGCCGUCCGUGCAGCUGGGCUGUGGACUCGGCGUCACUCUGGUGCUCAUGCUGCUUCUCUUCGUGGUGUAUCACGUCUUCUGGUUGGAGCUGCUGCUGCUCUACCGAUCCUGGUUCGGCACCGACGAGCGGCACACAGAUGAUAAGGAGUACGACGUCUACAUCUCGUACGCGAGGAACAGCGAGGAGGAGCAGUUUGUUCUGUCGACGCUGCGCAGCGUUCUGGAGAACGAGCUCGGAUACUCGGUCUGCAUCUUCGACAGGGACAGUCUUCCCGGAGGCACCAUCACAGAUGAGACUCUGAGCUUCGUGGCUCGUAGCCGGCGCCUCCUGGUGGUGGUCAGCCCCGACUACGCCUCCCAGGGCUCCCAGGCCCUGCUGGAGCUGAAGGCCGGCAUCGACGGCAUGGCACUGGGCGGACACCUGCGGGUGAUCCUGGUCCAGUACAAGCCGGUCCAGAGGCAGGGCUGGGUCAGGGAGCUGAGGAGCGCCCGGGUGGCCCUGGCGCUGGUUCAAUGGAAGGGCAACAAGUCCAGAGAGCUGUCGUCCCACUUCUGGAAGAAGCUGAGGGUGGAGUUACCCGUGAGGAGGGUUAACGGCGCCGUUCAGGAGACGGCUCUGAUGAGACUGAUGAGUCAGAACAGCACAAACUCCCAAACGGGCCUCAUCAGCAGCAUGGUGAAAGACCCGGAGAAGGCCUUUAACUCUGCAGCGUAACGUUGAUUAGAUGAUCCUGGAGACUUGUUUGUUUUAGCUCCAAAAAUAUAUCUACAAGGUUUUUACACCAAUUCAGUUAGAAUACGAGACGCCAUCGUCGUCCCAUAAACCAAAUUUCUUCCUGCUCACGACACAAAGGAGUUUCGCUGCUUUGAAACGUCCCGCCUGCCCGUGCUGCAGUUUGAUUGGAUGGCGCUCGUCGUCAAAGAAGCACAUCACAGGACCAGAGAACCAACAAACCAGUUCAGCAUGUGGACGCCGUGGCCUCAUGUGUCUCUAGAGGAAUCUGGUCUACAGGGGAGUUCAUGGUCCAUCAGGGACUGACAGGCGUCCAGGUCCAGACCACCAGUUGGUCUGAGGUGGUUCUGCUGGUUUCCUCCAAACAUGGUUCUGGACAUUGUUGAGGAAUUUAUCAAAACCAGUUCAGAAGUCCGCUUGUGAGUAGUGAGUUUUAUUUAGCCGGAGGUGAGCAGACCUACACAGAUCGUGUCAGAGUUGGUGUGCCGACCAAGAGAGAUUUUACAACAGGGUUUUUAUACAAGAAGUGAUCUUUCAGUUUGGGACUACCCCCUGAGGAGUCAGGAAGUCCAUAUAUGGUAUUCUCCAUGGAUCAAGUCCUCGUCUCUGCAGGGGCUGGAAGUCAAAGCCACUUCCACGGUGCCUGUCUCAGCAGGGAUUCAGGACGCCGGAACUUGCGUGACAAUGUGUCUCGAGCACUGAAUGAGACUGGAGCCGCCUGCAAGUCCUCGUCCCCGCAGGGGUCCUCGGAAAGCUGGAACUUGCUCAAGCAGGGGUGCAGGGGUAUGAGUCGUCUUCCCUGCAGGGGGUAGGAAGCUGGAACUUGAUUGACAAUGGGUCAAGCGGGGGUAUGAGGCUGGGGCAACCUGCAAGGCGUCGUUGUCCCUGCAGAGGGUAGUAAGCUGACAUUCCGGUCGACCACGUGCUGUCACAAUGCUUCAUCAACAUGAAGACCAAAUAUGGUCUCAUGGUUCCAGAGGACACGGUUCCAGAGGUCCACUGGUUUGUCAAGGUGGAGGUUCAUGGACCGCAGUCCUGCUUCCAGGUUCUUGCAGGAGAAACGUCCUCUGGACAUCAUUGGACAGACAUGUAACCAGAGACGUCGGCAGAGCGACGGCCAGACGGGCAUCAACAAAGACGUCCCGUCACACACCUCCACCUCCACCAACCGACCCUGGAUCAGGGGCAGCUGACGGGGCUUGUAGCACCCUAUAAUGUAAUAAUUUCACCCAAUAAUGUAAUAAUUUCACCCAAUAAUGUAAUAAUUUCACCCUAUAAUGUAAUAAUUUCCUGAAAAUGUAAUAACGCCUGAAAAUGUAAUAAAAUUUGCACUUAACUCAAUUGAAAAUGUAAUACAACCCAAUAAUGUAAUAACUUCACCAAUAAUGUAAUAAAAUAUCCUGACUGAUAUUGUAAUAACAUUUUUGCCGAUAAUGUAAUACCUUAUUACAUUAUUGGGAAUUUAUUACAUUUUCAGGUGGGUCUUUUUCUUAUUUUCCAAAACUGAUAAUGUAAUACUUGACAAAUAAUGUAAUAUAUAUCUUCAUUUUCAGUCCAGAGUUCUACAUUUUGUGUUUUAAGAAUCUAAGAAUGUUAUAUACACUGGAUUUGAAACACCAGAAUGACUAUUGGGUUAAAUUACAGACUUUGAGUACCAUGUAAUAAAUUCCCAAAAACGUAAUAAGGUAUUACAUUAUUGGUAAAAAUGUUAUUACAAUAUUCGUCAGGAUAUUUUAUUACAUUAUUGGUGAAGUUAUUACAUUAUUGGGUUUUAUUACAUUUUCGAUUGAGUUAAGUGCAAAUUUUAUUACAUUUUCAGGAAAUUAUUACAUUAUAGGAAAUUAUUACAUUAUAGGAAAUUAUUACAUUAUAGGAAAUUAUUACAUUAUAGGGUAUAAAUUAUUACAUUAUAGGGUAUAAAUUAUUACAUUAUAGGGUAUAAAUUAUUACAUUAUAGGGUGCUACAGGGCUCCUUCUGUUUGCCGCGACCGUCCACUCUGCAAUAGUAAUGAAUGUAAAUCUUUUAUUAAUAGUUGUUGUACAACUGGUCCCUCGGCACCAACCUUCAUGCUCAUGUGACCCGGGAUGAGACGGAGACGCAUCGGCUGUAACAUCUGCACAGGGAUUAACCACACAGAGGCUGAGCUCCACCUUUGAUCUGCAGGGGGCGGAGACAACAGACGUGAAGAAACUGCUUCUGGACGCCAUCGUGUAGGCUUUCAAACGCUCAGAGAACGGAGUCGUGUGAUGUAGGCGGAGCUACAGCCGGACUAGGAUCACGUGGAGACGUCCAGAUCGUCUGCGGUGGAGAAACGCCGGUGAACGACAUCGGUUUCACGUGUUUUAGUAGCAGGAUGAUUGAAUGCGACUGAUGCGACUUGUUGACGUCGUUCUUCCCCGGGAGAAGUGAUCGUGAGUGGGAGAAGUACCAGACCUGCAGGAUCAUAACAGACCAGAUAAACGAUGCUGCGGCGAGGACAAAAGAGAAUCAGAUGGCUUUAGUUUACUUACAUAACUCAGCAUUAUUCAUCUGCUCAUCGUCGUCAUGGAGACGUCUCAUCUCCAGAAAUCAUCCUCCCAACAUCCGGUCAUUGCUGCUGUGUAUUUUGUGGAAGUUCACCUGCAGGUUUUUGCUCCAGCCAAACAGGGGCUGAACGUUUGUUUUGAAGCUUUAUAAAGUGUUAAUGUCAUGAAACGUGACGUUUUGAGCUUUUAGGUGCAUUAGAGAUUUGUCGUAGGGACGUCUCGUGGUGGUGGGAGGAGCUGCUUUGCCCAGAACAGGAAACGCCUCCUUUUUGUUUUGUCUAUGUAGAGGGGGGUGUCAUCUGCGUACAGAGUGGUGUCAUCUGCAUACAGGCUGGUGUCAUCUGCGUAGAGGGGGGUGUCAUCUGCAUAGAGGCUGGUGUCAUCUGCGUAGAGGGGGGUGUCAUCUGUGUAGAGGGUGGUGUCAUCUUCGUAGAGGCUGGUGUCAUCUGCGUAGAGGCUGGUGUCAUCUGCGUACAGGCUGGUGUCAUCUGCGUAGAGGCUGGUGUCAUCUGCGUAGAGGGGGGUGUCAUCUGCAUAGAGGCUGGUGUCAUCUGCGUAGAGGGGGGUGUCAUCUGCAUAGAGGCUGGUGUCAUCUGCGUACAGGGUGGUGUCAUCUGCGUAGAGGAUGGUUUCGUCUGCGUAGAGGGUGGUGUCAUCUGCGUACAGGGUGGUGUCAUCUGCGUAGAGGGUGGUGUCAUCUGCGUAAAAGGGGGGUGUCAUCUGCGUACAGGGUGGUGUCAUCUGCGUACAGGGUGGUGUCAUCUGCGUAGAGGAUGCUGUCAUCUGCGUACAGAGUGGUGUCAUCUGCAUAUAGGAUGGUGUCAUCUGCGUACAGAGUGGUGUCAUCUGCAUAUAGGAUGGUGUCAUCUGCGUACAGAGUGGUGUCAUCUGCGUAGAGGCUGGUGUCAUCUGCGUACAGGAUGGUGUCGUCUGCUUAGAGGAACAGUUUCCUCCUAAAUCUCCACAACUUGAAGCUACACAAUCACAAAAAGCUCAACCGUCUGCAGAUUUCAGGUUUUAUUCAUUUACAAAGUUAAUCCGAUCUGUUUGAAACUUUGAGAUUUUCCGUGUCUGCACUUUUUGUAUUAAUGGUUCGUCCAUCACUGUUUUCACUUUAAAACCUCCCGUUUAUAUAAUUAGCUGGUCAGAGGUGUUUUUUCUCUUGUUACGCCCGCUUUGCUGUACCGGUUUUGGGAAAUCCUGCACUUUGUUUCACCGAGAUGUAUUCAGUAUUUGUCUUGUGGGGGCGGGGCUGAAU